UGUUUGAAUAAUAAUUUCAAUUUAACAGAACAAAGUGUUGUCAAAAUGUUACCAACAUUUAUUACAACAAACACGACUACAAUUAAAAGCAAUUUUAUUGCCCUCGAUCUUGGAGGAACGGGCUUUCGAAUAUAUAUGUUUGGAACAAUAGGCGAAAUUAUCCAUAAAAUAGUCACAAAAAUUCCUGAAAAUAUGAAGAAGGGAAGCAUCGAAAAUUUAAUGUUUUUCGUUGCCGAAUCACUGACAACUUGUUGUUUUUACAAAACUUCAAUACAAAGUAAAUCGAUUGCGGUGAAUCUUAUAAUAACAAGGCUCAAAAUUUACUUAAUUGGCACAGCCGGGGAAGAAACUUGCUUGGGCAAUUCCUGA